AUGCCUACAAGAACUGCCAAUCAUACUGUAACUACCAACCCCAACGGAAACGAAGAAGGCCAUGUUACCCUUCCGUUGGGCUUUGUUUCGAGCCCUCCAGUGGUUGUUCGGAGAACCAAUACCUCGCCAGCGGGGCUAACUCUUCUCUCUGAAAUCUCCUCCAUCACUCUUCCUCCUUCCGAGGAGGACGAGGACGACAGCAAUGAAAUCUGUCAACGAUCCAAUGCCCCAACAGAUACAUUGGAAGAGUUGGUAGACUCUGACAAUGACGAUGCAUUGGACCGACUAGAACCUGACGACAACAGCAUGGGCGGGGAAGAAGACUUCCAGGUCCUCACGAUCGAGGCGGAAUCAGCAAUAGAGGAUAGGAUGUAUCAGUUGUGCAUCGCUGGCAAACCUGAAGUCGACAAUCCAGGAAACUGGAAUGAGUAUAUCUACAAGAGCAGGCAAUACAAAGGCCACAGCCUACCUUCUGGUGCCCAACCCGUUCCUGUUUUGGAAGGGGGUAAGCGAACCAUCAAUGGAUGGGAGUUUCACUAUGGUCCUUGGACUCCUGAUGAUGAAGGAGAUGAUGGACCAGGAUCCUUCAGAAGCGGUGCAACAACGGAAAAUAUGUUUCCGGAAAGUCGCAAAGGCUGCUUGAGUGUUGCCACACUCAAGUUGCUUGGCCUCACCAAGUCGCGAAUGGAUGGCGACGAUGCCCUGUUCUUCUACCAACUGUUGUAUCCUAUCUGUGACCCAAAGAGGUCUGGUGUUGCAAAGGAUCCACGCGAAGCGUAUUACUUUGAUGUCGAAACCUUCACCAGGAAAUAUGCGGCCUCCUUGGAAUACGGUGGUUCGUAUGGCCAGACUAUCAAGCCUGUCCUGGCGGCAGAACUUCUGAAGUUCCAUGGCAUCAUGGUUCGAGAUGGCGUUCAUGGAGGCAGCAGGGGUGCCGUCUACCGUCUAUGGGACCCAACUUGUUCAUGCUAUGACAAAGACGUUGUGAAUGCACUCAGCCUCUAUCGAUUUCGACAAAUCAAAAGGAUCAUCAAGCUCAAUGAUAAUGCCAAAAGCAAACCUCGUGGCCAUGAACUGUACGAUCCUGCACAUAAGUAUGACAUGGCAUACAGAGUGGUCGUUGCUAACUGUAACAGCUUGACACUGUAUGCGGAGAGUGACUUGUGCUGUGACGAGAUGACAUGGAAGUUCAUGGGGUACGGAGAAGGCGGCGUUGUCCGACGAAUCGUAGGUAAGUCCCUUGUCUUUAAGUGUCAGGAGGUGGUUCUUAAAAGUUGCGAUCGUGCGUGCGCCAUGGGCCUGAUGGAUAUCCCUCCACGCUCCCAGUACCUCUUUCAGGACUCCCACGAAACUGUCCUCAACAAAUCACUCGAAGAUCGUCAACAUUGGCUGCGCCUUGUCUCCCGUGAGAGAGCAAUCAACCGUCGCUCUCUAGCCAGGCAACGCAGAUGA